UGUGUAUAUGUGUUCAUACUUGUGCAUAUGAAUGCCUGUGUGUGUGUAUACCUGUGCAUGUAUGUGGGUGCAUGUUCAGUCUAGAGAGCAUCACAUGGCUUUCACAAUUACUCUCCUCCUUAUUUUUUUCUUAAAAGCAUUUUGUCUUAGCUUGUGGGCGUGGGCCACAGCUCACUAUGUUUGUGGAGGUCACCGGACAACUUGAAGUUGGUUCUCUCCACAGUGGGCCCUGAGAAAUCAGACUCAGGUUGUCAGGCUCGGUAGCAGUCAAACUUUUACUGCUGAGACAUCUUGUUGGCCGCCACUUCAUUUUUGAGGCAGAGUCUCUCUGACCCGGGAAUUCACCCUUAAAGCAAGGAUUACAGGUGCUCACCAUACUGCGUGGCUUUUCGUGGGGGUGCCGGGUGUCUGAGCUCUGGUCCUUAUGCUUGUGUGACACACAUUUCGUCAACUGAGUCACGUCCCCAGACCACUGUCUUCUUUAUGAGACAGUGUGGAUAGUCAGUCCUGGGUUAGGAUCCUGGCUGCACUGGCCUUUCUAGAACAGGGUUUCUCAAACCUUGACAGCAGUGAUUUUUGCACCUGUGGAUUCUGUCCAUUGGGAGGAAUGUUGGUGGCAGUAGGGAGGCAAGCCUGCACUCUGCAGAUGCUCAGCUCUCUCCUCGGACCAUGGUGAGUGGAAAUGACUCUUGGCAUCUCUGAGGGUUGGGGUGAAACUGUGCUUAGGUAGGCUGAGAACCAGUGGUCUAGAACAUUCAGCCUUUAUUGGGGUACACAGUUGUGGGAGGUGAGGGUUAUGGUCCAUUCAUCUUUCUCCCUCUCGAGUCAGGAUAGGGAGCUGGGUUCUCCCUCAAAGCUUGGAUAAUUCCUGCAUCUCUGAACCUGUUUGUGUUUGGUUCAAAAUCAAUGGUCCAGCGGACUGGCUGCCACAGAGGAGAAUCCUGGCGUCCUUGAGUUUUCCCAGAAGUGGUUCAGGUUUCAGGGAGGCGGCCCGUUGUGGGUGGCCGGGCAGCCUGCCUGCCCGCACCCGCCCACCUGCUCUGGCCUUUGCCUUGAGGCUGGCACUUAUGCCUCUCCCUCCCGCAGAAUGUCAGGAAGUGCCUGUUGUUGGGGCUCUGCCUGCCUGACACCCCCUCUCUACUCACCUGGGAUCUGGGUGAGCCCGGGCUGUAUCUGUCUGCCAAGCCUGGAGGGUCGUAGCAGGAUCCUGGCAUGCCCUUUCCUCCCAGUGGGCCUGCCCAGUGGCGCUCCGAGGAGCCGCAGCGGCUGCGGGCCUGGAACUUCCAGGCCCAGGACGCCAGGGCAGGGGGGCAGCCUCACCCCAAAGGUUCCGGGCGAGGGGAGGCUGAGACUCGGGAGUGCAUCUACUACAACGCCAACUGGGAGCUGGAGCGCACCAACCAGAGCGGCCUGGAGCGCUGCGAGGGGGAACAGGACAAGCGGCUGCACUGCUACGCCUCGUGGCGCAACAGCUCGGGCACCAUCGAGCUGGUGAAGAAGGGCUGCUGGCUAGAUGACUUCAAUUGCUACGACAGGCAGGAGUGUGUGGCCACCGAGGAGAACCCCCAGGUGUACUUCUGCUGCUGCGAAGGCAACUUCUGCAACGAGCGCUUCACCCACUUGCCGGAGCCUGGGGGCCCAGAAGUCACGUACGAGCCACCCCCGACAGCCCCCACCCUGCUCACGGUGCUGGCCUACUCGCUGCUGCCCAUUGGAGGCCUCUCUCUCAUCGUCCUGCUGGCCUUCUGGAUGUAUCGUCAUCGGAAGCCUCCCUACGGCCAUGUGGACAUCCAUGAGGUGAGACAGUGCCAGCGUUGGGCAGGGAGAAGGGACGGCUGUGCGGACUCCUUUAAGCCCUUGCCUUUCCAGGACCCGGGGCCUCCGCCCCCAUCCCCUCUGGUGGGCCUGAAGCCACUACAGCUGCUGGAGAUCAAGGCUCGGGGCCGCUUUGGCUGCGUUUGGAAAGCUCAGCUCAUGAACGACUUUGUGGCUGUGAAGAUCUUCCCACUUCAGGACAAGCAGUCGUGGCAGAGUGAACGGGAAAUCUUCAGCACACCCGGCAUGAAGCACGAAAACUUGUUGCAGUUCAUUGCUGCCGAGAAACGAGGCUCCAACCUGGAGGUGGAGCUGUGGCUCAUCACAGCCUUCCACGACAAGGGCUCCCUCACGGAUUACCUCAAGGGGAACAUCAUCACGUGGAACGAACUGUGCCACGUGGCGGAGACGAUGUCACGAGGCCUCUCAUACCUGCAUGAGGAUGUGCCGUGGUGUCGUGGUGAGGGCCACAAGCCUUCUAUUGCCCACAGGGACUUCAAAAGCAAGAAUGUACUGCUGAAGAGCGACCUCACCGCGGUGCUGGCUGACUUCGGCCUGGCUGUUCGGUUUGAGCCAGGGAAGCCUCCUGGGGAUACCCAUGGACAGGUUGGCACCAGACGGUACAUGGCCCCUGAGGUGCUGGAAGGAGCCAUCAACUUCCAGAGAGACGCCUUCCUGCGUAUCGACAUGUACGCCAUGGGCCUGGUGCUGUGGGAGCUCGUCUCUCGGUGCAAGGCUGCAGACGGGCCUGUCGAUGAGUACAUGCUGCCCUUCGAGGAGGAGAUUGGCCAGCACCCUUCGCUGGAGGAGCUUCAGGAGGUGGUUGUCCACAAGAAGAUGAGGCCCACGAUUAAGGAUCACUGGCUGAAACACCCGGGCCUGGCCCAGCUCUGCGUGACCAUCGAGGAGUGCUGGGACCAUGAUGCAGAGGCUCGCCUUUCUGCAGGCUGUGUAGAAGAGCGGGUAUCCCUGAUCAGGAGGUCGGUCAACGGCACUACCUCGGACUGUCUCGUCUCUCUGGUGACCUCCGUCACCAAUGUGGACCUGCUCCCUAAAGAGUCCAGCAUCUAAGCCCGGGACACGUAGCGUCUCUCCAGACUCAGUGGAUCUGAAGAAAAAAAAAAGGAAAAAAAAAAAAAAGAAUUGUGUUUUGUUUUGGAAAUCCCAUAAAACCAACAAACACAUAAAAUGCAGCUGCUAUUUUACCUUGACUUUUAUUAUUAUUAUAAUUAUUAUAAUUAUUAUUAAUAAUAUUAUUUUUGGAUUGGAUCAGUUUUUACCAGCAUAUUGUUCUACUGUAUUGCAAACAGCGGACACGUCAGCAGGCGUUGCGGUGCUGAGCUGUGAACGCAGAAGCGGCGCCAUGCUGAAGAGCCUCAGCCACCUCCUGUCCCUCGGAUUCAUCUCCCCUCUUUCUCUGUCGUCUCAGAACCUGUAACACAAAGAAACUCCUGUCUUAGGAAACUCAAUGCUGCAGUUCUCUACUAGAGGAACCUUUGAAGACUGUUACACGGACACACCCUUCCUCCGAAGAGGGCCCCCCACCCCCACCCCUUUAUUUUGCGUUUCUCCCACCUCAGGCCGUGAGCUUAAGAAACGGCGGCUGUGUUUGUCUUCGUGGGUGUAAUGGGUGUCGUCCUGACCCAGCCUCGGGGAACUGCGAUCAGGAGGGCGGUCUAGUCUGAAGCCAGAAGGGAGGCUUCUGGGUAGGGUGCGGAGCAGAGCUACACUGGACUUGGGCACAUUUGGAGCAACACCCUUGGCUAUGGAGGCUACUUUCUCAGGUAACAAGGGGUUGAGGGCAAGGACCUUGUGGAGGCCAAGCGGUAAUAAUAGCAAGCACAGGAUUUGGAGAAGGCCCAAGAGCAAGGGUCAGGUUGCCCCACCUGUCUGGUUUCUUCCCACUGACGGGCUUGGCCAUGGGAGAAGACGCAACCUUGCUCCUGUGUUAGGACCAGGUGAGGGCGUGACAGUUUAGUGGACAUUCUUCGUUAUACAUGACGCUGUAGAGCUCUUUCAUGGAGGAAAUACCGAGCUGCAGUUUCCUCUUGGCAGUUUGGGGAGAUGCCUGUGGCCGACCCUGCACAGCGUGGAUGGGCCAGAGGAUCCCUGGUGGGGACCAUGCCAGCCUGCAGCUUUGGCAUGGCCCCAUGCAGUGCGGCAUUACCGAGUCCUCUCUGAGGCUCACGGGUGCGGCUUUCUCCAGACCCUUUUAAAGUGGUGCAUAUUCUUAAACUGUGUUUCUCUUACACCAUAACCUCGCUCGCUCCAGGCGGUGAAUGUUCUUAAUGCUGCUGUUUCGACAUUGGAUUUUUUUUUUUUUUAAUUUAUGAAACAUGCUAAGGUUUUUUUUUUUUUUUUUUUUCAGACAGAACACACACAUCCACAUAUAUACACAUGCUUUGCUGUGUGGCUUCCGAGGCUUAAAUUUUAAAAAGUGAAAGAAGUAACUUCACGGCCACAGACCACCUCAAACCAGAAAUACCUCAGAAUUUUCUACUUGUGUAUGUUUUAUUAAUUAUAUAUUUUGUUAGUUGUGUUGUCUUGUAGGAAGUAUAUUUUAAUGUAAGUUGACUUUUAUGACGAGGAAGUUUAAAAGAAAUAGAGAAAAAGAAAAAAAAAGUUUGUGUCUUCUAGUCAGUACUACCAUCUUUGUUUGAUAAAAGCGCCCUUGUGAAUAGCAGGCACCAGCUGUAGGUUGGCUGUCUGGGCUGAGACGGGCAUUCAUCUGGUUUUGACUGUAUCAUUAAAACUGCACACCUCUUGACCUUGAGGGUAGAUAGGCCACUUCCUCCCGGAUUGCUUAGAGGUCCACUGGGUAGCACUUGGAACAACACGCCCACUUUACCUUGGUGGUAGCACGGCCCUCAGACCCACCGGAGGUAACAGUCUGUGACAUUCAGUUCUUUCAGCAGCAGCAGCAGGUGGAAUUCUGUCCGGCCAGUAACUGCGCUGUGAUGUCUGGGAGGGCACGGCUCACAGCUGGGCAGCCGCUCCCUCGGCGUGUUGUGUGUGGUGCCUGAGUUGUUCCUGGGCUUGUUUUUCUCUGUGGGUGUUUGUGCACAGGGUGCUGAGGAAGGCUAAGUGGUUUCCCUUCCUCUCAGACUUAGUAUGUUUCCGUGGGUCAGUGUGGGCUGGCUGAGGAGUUCAGGGGACGUGGACUCUGUCUCUCUAAGCUAUGUCUGUCCCUCCCCCCCACCCCCCACCCCAUCUGAUUUUGUGCUGUGGUAUUUUCUUGUCUCAGAAUACUUUCCACUGGUUAACAAGUCUUAGAGCAGUUGCUUUCUUUUCCAUUUGUUUCUUUAAGGAGCUUUAACUAUUUAUUGAAAAGUGCCAUAUAUCUCCUUUCUCUAGCUUUCUCCUCAGGCGGUGGGAACACCCCUUCUUCUAACCCUUAACAAACCAACCACUAAGGAAUGUAGCUCUUUCGCUGCAGGAGUGACCCAGUCACCAGUCACAUACAGUGCCAAACUCUAAAACCCAGCUCCCUGAGUGGUGUCAGGACCCUGGGUGGCUUUUCUCUUGUGUUGCUGGUUGUCAGAAGCAUCCUGGCCUGGCUGAGCUCUGGUAUGGGACAUCCCAGUGAGCCCUGUGUCCAGCCACGGCAGUGUCCUUGUCAGACCUCUUGUCAGAAUGGAUUGAUUGUCAAGACAGGGUUCCUGUUUUGUGGCCAGGAAAGAGGAGGAGCUUGGGUGCUGGUGUCUCUGAGUAGGGGCUGUAGACUCCCUCUUGCCUUCAGGUAACAUACCCAGCUGCUCAUAGCUGGAAGGUGGGUGAUAUUCCAGGGUGUGGCCCGGAAGCUUAACUUCCUUCCUCCCUCCCUUCUUUUCCUUCUAGUUUCCUUCUUGUGCCCAGUUGAGACCUGAGGCUUCUGCCUCACACUUUCCUGCAGGUUUUGUAUCUAUUCCCCUCUCCCUCUUUUUGGACGACCAAGGAGGAAGUCCCUCUGUGUGGCAAAGGAUGAGACAUGGGGGGGGGGGGGGAAGGGCUGCGGGUGCUUCCUCCUUCCUUCACUCCAAACAGAGCCCAUGACCACCAGCCUUGGCAGAGAAUGUUCCGGUUGAUACCUGUGACAGCGAAAAGUCACCUGUUGAGGGAAAUGUCUGUGAGUCAGAGACAGACAAAGCAAGUAAAGGCAAGGUCGCUGAGUCUCGAACACUCACUGACAAGGUUGCCGAGGAAGGCUGUCAGCAGUUGUUAGCAUCUGGGCUAGCAUGGGCUAGCAUGGGCUGGCCUGGUAUCACGGACACCAGAUGCAGGGGGAAAUGUGGGCCUUCUGCUCAUACAUCCACAGGGAAGGGCGGAUCCCUUUCUCAUCACUGGGCUACCAGGCCUGCUGGGCCUUCCUGACCAGGCUUGAGCUUCUAGCAAGGUGCGUGAUCCUGUCUGUUCUGGUCUCUCUUCAUCCCUGGCAUUGACCAUGCCCUUGACUCUCUGUCUUGCUACUCUACCCUACUCUGCCCUAGGGCUUAGGCUCUGUGAAGGAUUUUUCUUGGUGGCCAGCCUACAUAGGUAUUUAAUGGUUGCCAUGUGCUCUUCGGCUCAGAGAGCCUGUCAUGUGGCAUUUCCUAUGCUCGGCCACUGAGGCAAAGAAGUGACUGUCCCAUCUAGAGCUGGAGGGCCGGAUGGUUCUCUCACACACAGACUUUGGUUCUCUCACACACAGACUUUUACCUUUGUAGUGUAUGAAGUUCCUGGUGCAUCCUGGUGGCUAGGAGAAUGUCCUCGUUGUUUUUCCUACUUAACUAAUGCAGUAAAAGCUUACUGUGCUGUGAGUUGAAUUCCUGCCGUUGUUCUUAGGACAUGGUUCAUUAGAUGAAUCCCUGAAUCUGAGGAGCUCUCAGGUCGCUCAGCUUGGUCUCUGGCAUCAGCUGUUGCAUCUUUUUGGGCUUUUGGAGACACAGCUUUGGACGUGAUCAAGCCUGGUCCACAUCUCAGGCAGGACUUGUAGAGGACAGCUUUCCUAAAAGUGUGGGAAACCGCCAGGAAGGGAUGGUGUCCCAGGAAUCCUUUCCUCUCAGAACCUGGAGACAUGGCUUUUUCUUCAUCCCUGGCUGUCUGUAAAGGCUAAAUUGAGAAGUGCUCAGCAGCUGGCUUGUCCAGCGCAGUGAUGAGGUUAAACCUCAGCUAACAUCAUGUUAUAUAAGUAGGCCCAGUAACUCAGCUGAUGGGUUUCUUAGAAUCUAGAUGCUAAACGCUCCAUGCAUUCAAGAUUAAAUGCCUAGUUCUUCUUCACACACAGUUCUGGGUAGUUGACUCGUAGCCAGCAGCCCUCCUGUGGAUGUACCCCAGACCUUUAGAAAGAUGUUGAGGAAAGUGCUUUUUGCGAUACCAAUUUAGUUUUAUAGGAAAAAGAAACUGAAGGUCAAAACACUCCCUUGGAAAUCAACUAGUUGGUUCAACCACGUUAAAGAAGAAAGGAAGAAGGAAAGAGAGUUUAAGAGGCGCGUGAACUAUCGUAUCAAUAAGUAUGCCCAAGUUCUUUUGUGGGAUCCUUGGGAUAGUGCUAUUUGGACCUAUCUGUGAUUAAUGACUGUGAACCACUGUUGGGCUGACCGUUUGCAGUGAGAUCAGGAAUGCCUGCGUCUGCUGGCACUAAACCAAGCUGUAGCAUUUUCAUGCUGGCAUCUUCCAGGUGUGAAGGAAGCAAGACUUUGCCCUCCUGGUGCUCCGUGGAGCUCCUUAGUGCCCAGACCAGCGCCAUUUCCCCCAUCCACGGCAGCUCCGGGCCAUGAUUUCCCCAAGAAUUAAAGUUCCUGUUCCUCAUGCCGGUGAGGGGUAGUGGGCUCUGCGCUGACCCCUUGCUCUCCAGGCCGGUGUCUACACUGCUUAGGCUGAGUUAGUGUGUGCAGCCCUAUGGGUGCGUGUGGUAAUCGAUUCAGACGGGUGUUCUGAACACCUGCAGAGAACAGUUACUGCAUUCGGUUGUAGACUUUGUGCUUUUGAGUUUACAGUUGGGGGAAGUGUGACCCAUUAGUUUUUUCAGGCACGUGAAGGUGGGUUAUUGUGAAUAAACGAGCAUUGCCUCAAGUCCUGGGGCACCCACCCUGCAUGGGCCCAUUCUGGCUCCUGGUCACUUUACACCAGUGUUGUUAGAUAGUGCUGUAAAUAAGAGUAAGUUAUAUAACAGACGCCACUUGAAAUUUUACUUUAAGAAGUCUAUAGCUCCACACAUAUAUUUAGUUAUAUCUCUUGACAGAUUGCCUCCACACAGUAUGGAGAUUGUUUUAUACCACAGAUUAUUUUUAUAAACUAGUGAGUCGAAGUGAGAAUGCGUCUGUAAUCCAAGCCAAUGAGCUUUACUGUCAGGAUUAUGUGCACCCUGGAGCCGAGUGCUGGGAGCUUAGCUUAGUGCAUGCAUAGCUUCCUGAAUACACUGGCAGCCUGGAGUUGGCUUACGGGUUCCCCUUUGGCAGUGGUAUCUGUCCUGCUUCCUGCCUGUGAGAGGACAGCAGCCAGGCCAGGCAAGGGACCUGGAGUUGGUUUGAUUUCUGCUGAACAAAGGGUUCUGAGGUUGAAAGUUUGUCAGCUCCUUCCGUAGAAAGUAGUCCCGCAAGUUAAAGAGCAGGAGGACAGAAGCUGUGUGCCCCACGCCUAGAGAAUGAUUCGGGCUAUAGGAACCAUUGAAAUGGGGAUUGGUGGCCGAGUUCCACUAACCAGAACUAUCUAGGACCAAACUGAGUCAUCCUUUGGAAACGGCGGGGCACAUGGAUGUCAUGGUGGAAAUAAGUGGAGAGUUGCUGAGCAAAUUUUGCCCCUUUCAGUCGGGGCCAUUCAUCCCAGAGGCUGCUUGCUUUCUGCUCUAACUGUCGAGUUAAUCAGGAACCAAUGGAGGAAGCUCAGAACCCCAGUCUCCUGGCAGGUUAUCUUUCCAGUUCUUGCAGAGGGAUUCUGUAAAGGCCAAGCCAGCCAUGGCCAGAUCUGAGGUGCAGCUAAAGGCCUGUCCCUGCAUCCUGCCUGCUGGCUCCAGCCUGCUGCUACAGAACUACACUGGAUGGGGCAGCCCUGCUCAGAGAUCCUUAGUGUGUCAGUCAAAACCAGCUGUGCCCUCUAUUCACCCUGGCUAGAACGCUGUCUUACGUGCUGGUCCUCUUUACGUGGGAUCUGGAGUCCAGAUCCAGCUGCAUCCUUGGAGCCCCCCUACCCCCCCCCCAACACAUCCACACAACUUCUGUUCCCCAUAAAAGAACACUUCUCUGCUUUGCAGCCGCCUGUCUUGGAAUGUAAUUCUGUUGUGCCUUUGUUUUCUGUCACUCGCCCCUCAAAAGCAACUGCUGUAAGCUUGUUUCUAAUUUGUCUUUUCUAGCCCCACCCCUUCCCCCAGGCUCCCUUUUUCCAGCCCUAAUUUCUGGAUGCACUUGUGUCAUCCAGGUACUUUAAGAACCAGUUACCUCAGAUGUGAUGUGGAACAGUGUCACCAUCUGGCCCUCUUGAUCCUGCCAACUCUUACCACACAUGCAGGAGGCCCUCAGAGUGCAGACACUGACUUGUUUUAAGCAAAACUCUUCCCAAGUAUGGAACCAGGGGCUUCUGGCAAGCCUGUCCUGGCACUGUGGUGGGACUGGUUGGGAGUGUCAUCUGAACGGUGCUUCCUGUGUGUUCUGCCAUUCAGUAUUCUCAUAGUCUGGAGAGACAGCACCCUAACUGGCUGGUCUCGUAUGCAAAUCAGCUCCAAAGAUGAGCUCUUCCUAACACAUUUCCAGUCGCUAGAGCUCAGACAUAGAACAUUCCUUCAAACAGCAGGGUAGAAGCCCCCAUCCACUGCCACAGUGCAUUCUGGGAAGAUGUCUGUAGUAUACAUUGCUGUGGGAUUAGGCCUUGUGGGAUAUGGCUGCUUGUCAUUUUGAUGUAUUUUAAAUAAAUAAAUAAAUAUAUAUAUAUAUUUUUAAAGAGCCUUUUUUACCAGUUCAAAAGCUUAAUUAACCAGCUGUCACCACAUCUGAAUUUUUGUCUCUGGGGCAUUGACGGCAGGCAGAGACUAAAAGUGGCAACUCAGCUAUGAGUUGCCUGCCCUGGGCUGUCCUGCUGUCCUGCUGACCGUGGGACACCAGGGCCAGCGUGUUCCCGGUGGGUUUCAACUCAGCCCUCUGGGUGUUUGGUCUCUGCCUCACUUAGCGGACUUAGUCCUUAGUCCUUGUAAGUGCUUUAGCCCCAGUGGGGUUUUCCCAGAGCACUGCCACGAGUUGAGUGUAUGAGUUUAGCCAAAUAAUUUCUCCACUGGGAAAAGCACUAUCACGGAAAUUGUACCUGCUUCAAAAGAGACCAGAGUAGGAAAGACUAGUUGCCUAGGCCGUCUGGGAGCAAGCAGUUGUCACGUGCGGGCAGGAGAUCUCAUCUGAAAAGCUAGGUCCACCAGCAGGGGUGCAGUUGUUAAAAUGCCAGUGGCUUGCUUUCCCAUGUCCCCCCACCUACCCCCUGAAUUCUGUAACUGCAAAGGAAACUGAGUGGUACUGGAGAACCGCAGGGAGGGUACCACAGAUGAGAGACAACGCUUCUAGACUUCAGUUCAUGCCACGGAUGCACACGAUGCCGUUUCAACUGUACGGGAGAAUCUGCUUACGAACCUGACGUCAUCCCUGUGAUGGCGUCAGAGGCCACAGUUUUCACACGUUACCAUCUCUGCACAUUUGUCCUCGAAUCUGAGUCGCAUUAUUCAGUACUGUAAAGUUAACUUGCGUCGAGUUUGAUGUCGAUUCCUGUGAAGAAGAGCUUUUGGCACGUGACAGACAGUGAGUUACAAAACACAGCAAAGCACGGAAUUUUUUGCAGGGACAAUUUUGGAACCAACAGAAAAUGUCACUUUUUAGUUAGCAUCUUAUGUAUCACUUUUACCGGCUAUUUCUAACUUUGGAAGGGAAACCUUGAAGCUUGUGUAACUUAGUGGAAAUGUGUGUGUCGCCCUUAGGAUGGGUAGCCAAGUCUCACUAAGCUGUGUUAAUCUAACUUGUAUAUAUGAAUUGUAAUUAAGAGUUUGGAUUCACCUGUUUCUCACGGUUUAAAAGUGAUGGGUCAUUGCGAAGUCUGGAGAUGUGACUAGUCUAUGAUUUCAAGCUGUUAGAAGUCAGGAAGCUCUCUGAAAUGCUAAAACUAAGAUUCUAGUUUUGGGCUCAAAUUCGAUUAAGUACUGUUUGUAUGCCAGAGUAUGUGAGGUGUAAAUGUAGUGGGGUACUUUUCACCCUUGUAGCUGUAAAAUUCACAUUUUGUAGAACAGAAAAUAGCUUGUACUACUGAAUUAACAAGUUAUACUAAAGUAUCAUGUCUUAAAAACAAAAACAAAAAUACAUAUAUCUAUCUAUAUAUAUACACACACACACAGAGUUAAGCUUGUUGCUGUUACCCUGUCUGGAUUUGAAAAUUGUGCUGAUUUAUAUAACACACACACACAUACACACACACACACACACACACACCCCUAUAAUGGCCUGAAGCAGACAUACCUGUAACUACAGUUGCAAACUGCAGACAUUUUGGAGAGAACACUGUACCAUAGCUCAUUCAUUGCGUGGCUCUUUGCUCCUUUUUCCUGUGGUCAUUUUAGAAACGAGUGUCAAGUUUGAAAUUAGAUCUGCUAAGUUGGGGUUCUGCUGCUGAAUUCUGCACUGGGUCCCCAAACAAACCGAUGUGAAUGUAGUUUUUCCCCCUGUGUGAAGGAGCAGCCACAGCCCCAUCAGAAUAGGAGGAAAAGUCUAGAAGUAUCUCAAGGUUUAUCUUUUUGUAUAUGAAAAUAAAUAAUAAUAAAUAAAA